UGGCCGCAGGAAGUCUCGCGAGACACGGCUUCUCCCGGCAGCUCGCAUGCGCACGCAGUGCAGGAUUCCCAGUUAUAGUACAAACAUGAAAUUGAGCAACGCACAAUACAAUGAGAUUGCGCACUUCAUCUCCACCCUCAAGCCUACGCGACAAUGCAUGAGGCGUCUGAAGGAAAGAUUCCCCUCUCAAUCGCAGUCCACUCUGCUGAGCAUCUUCUCCCAGGAGUACCAGAAACUUAUGAAGAGAACUCACAGCAAGCACCACACCCCUGAAGCUGUUGAAUUGUAUUAUAAACGGUACUUGAAAGAUGUGAUGGAAAACCCAGCAGCGCCUGUCCUGUUGGACUUGGCUAAUGAGGUGGAUUUUUCUCCUGCGCUGAUGGCAAGGACAAUAUUGGAGAGAUUUCUUCAAGACCAGGAUGGUCCAAUACCUACAAAACCGGUCUUAAGCAGCAUGCUACGCGACACAUCCCUAAUUCCCGACCCUGUUCUUGCCAAUCAAGUCCAUCAGUGUGUCAUCAAUGACUGCUGCAAUGGACCAUUGGUGGACUGCAUCAAACACUCAGUUGGAUAUGAACAUGAAGUUCUUCUGAGAGAGAAACUAAUUGAGAGAGGUCUCGCAUUUUUAGACGAAGAUCAGCUGCGUACCAAGGGCUAUGAUAAGACUCCUGAUGUUAUUUUGGAGGUACCUGUUGCUGUUGAUGGGCAUGUCAUUCACUGGAUUGAGAGCAAAGCAUCCUUUGGUGAUGAGAGUAGUCACCGCACAUAUCUACGGGAGCAGUUCUGGAGCUAUUGGAAUAGGUUUGGCCCUGGCCUGGUGAUAUACUGGUACGGGUUUAUUGAGGAAUUGGAUUGCAACCGAGAACGUGGCAUACUACUUAAGGAUGAGUUCCCCAAUGACAUUGUGACACUGCAGGAUUGCAUGGUGCAAGAAAGCCGACACACAGAGUGCAAGACGGAAAAAAGCCAGGAAACCAUGUAAUAUUUCGAUUCAGACUGAAACUGCUGAACUUCAGAUGAACUGCAGCACGAGGUUACAAGGCAGUCUGCUCAUGCAAACACUCAGACAAUCUGUUUACCUUCCGUUCCAGUUGCCCUUCUGCCUGUGCUACAACCCAAAACCCACGCACUUAGUGAAGCACCUCUGUAACUGCUCUUCGGUCAUACACACUGGCCUUCCUUCCUCCUGAACCCUUCGCUCACAGGACACAGCAAUGAAUCAAGAGGAAACAAAUGCACCUCUUCUGCCCUCACUUUAAAAAGUCUCCAAAAACAUUCACAGAGUAACCUGCCUUUAAAGGAACAAGGUUUCUAUGGGAGUAUCGUAGAAAUAACAUAAGGAAAGGAGGAGCUAUCAGGAAAUGUUAUUAUAUGACUGCAAAUUCAGUUCUUGUUACUGACAACCAUGAUCUUCUAUGUGAUGCCUUGUAGAAAAGGCAAAGCAGGUGAAGAAUAGCACAGAUUAGGUUUGAUAAGGUUACAUGAUCUAUUCUGUUAAGUUCCCUGUUACACAUGCUAGGGAUGUGUAGAAUCCCCUUAUUCACGUAUAUUUAGCUCCUGUUACAAAUUUGACCACCAAUAAAGAAUAAAUAAGGAGCGCGUCUCAUAAAAAGUAACAAUUUUAUUAGAUGAAUACACAUCAGUGCAUAAAUGUACACAAAUAUAUAUAAUCCAAGUAUCAAAUAAAAUAAGGGGACAAGAACACAAAACUAUGCAAUAAUAGCAAUAACCCCAUAUAUACAAUAAUCCCCAAAACAAUCAUAAAAAGAGACUAAAAUAACAACCACCUUAUUUUGUUUGAUACAUUGAUUAGAUAUAUUGUAUACAUUUAUGCCGAUGUGUAUUAAUUUAGUAAAAUUGUUACUCUUUAUGGGACGCGCUCCUUAUUCUUUAUUUGUUGUUUUUACAGACUCCCCCUUGAGCACCCCGUCUCUUUAUGAUUUAAGUCAUAUUCAUUUUUUUUGUUAUUUUUCUUUUGUUUAUAGUGUGCUCUCUUGGUUAAUCAUUCUCUUCUACUGGUUUGACCACCAACCUUACGACUCCAAUAAUACGAAUUGUGCGCUCUGUCUGUACACACACUCACAAAAGUUUUUUAGUUUUUUUUGUUGUUGUCCCCACUCAUAAUAAAAUCACAGCAAAUUUUGUGUUUUACAUAAA